GUAAACAAACCAAAGCUGUAGGGACAACUGAACCAACACAGACUGUAGAGACUACUGGGGUAACACAGACUUCAGAGACAACUGAACCAACACAGACUGUAGAGAAUACUAAAGCCACAAAGACUUCAGGGACAACUGAAGCAACACAGACUUCAGGAACAGGUAAACAAACAAAAGUUGUAAGGACAACUGAACCAACAGAGACGUCAGGGAAAACUGAAGCAACACAGACUUCAGGGAUUACUGGAGCAACACAGACUGUGGAGACUACUGGAACAACACAGACUACAGGGACCACUGAAGCAACACAGACUUCAAGAACAAGUGACACAACUAAAUUUCCUACUACAAAGACAACACCAACUAGCAGAUGUCAUUCUUGGAGUUCAUGGGUCAAUGAUGAUAAACCAAGCACAG